UCACAGGACCUGUGUGGGGCUACCACAUGUGACACUCUGGGUAUGGCUGAUGUAGGAACCAUGUGUGAUCCUAAGAGGAGCUGCUCAGUUAUUGAAGAUGAUGGUCUUCCCUCAGCCUUCACCACCGCACAUGAAUUAGGGCAUGUGUUCAGUAUGCCACAUGACAAUGUGAAGGCUUGUGAGGAGGUAUUUGGAAAGCUGAAGGACAACCAUAUGAUGUCUCCCACACUGAUCCAGAUUGACCACAACACGCCCUGGUCUGUCUGCAGCGCUGCCAUCAUCACAGACUUCCUGGAUGAUGGCCACGGUGACUGUCUGCUGGAUCAGCCCCAAAAGCUUUUGGCUCUUCCAAAUGACCCUCCGGGCAUCAGCUACUCGCUCAGCCGUCAAUGUGAACUGGCUUUCGGCUCAGGAUCCAAGCCCUGUCCAUACAUGCAGGCGUGCUCCAAACUGUGGUGCACAGGGAAAGCUAAAGGACAGCUGGUGUGUCAGACUCGCCACUUUCCCUGGGCUGACGGUACGACCUGUGGCAGCAACAAGCUGUGCUAUCGGGGGAUCUGUACUGAUAAGCAAAAUACCAACAAAGACAAGGCAGACGGCCAAUGGGGUCGGUGGGGUCUGUAUGGUUUGUGCUCCCGUACUUGUGGGGGAGGGGUGCAGCUCGCCAAAAGGGACUGUAACAACCCUGUCCCUGAAAACGGGGGCAAGUACUGUCAGGGACUGAGAGUGAAGUAUCGCUCAUGCAACUUAAAGCCCUGUAAAGACUCAGGAAAGAGCUUUCGAGAGGAGCAGUGUGAGGCAUUCAAUGGCAUCAGUCUGAACACUAACAGACUUAGCCCGUCUGUGGUCUGGGUUCCGAAAUACUCUGGAGUGUCUGUUAAGGACAGAUGCAAGCUCAUCUGCCGAGCCAACGGCACUGGAUACUUCUAUGUCCUUGCACAGAAGGUGGUGGACGGAACCCCUUGUUCUCCUGAUACCUCAGCGGUCUGUGUUCAGGGAAAGUGCAUUAAGGCUGGCUGUGAUGGCAAACUGAGCUCCAACAUGAAGUUUGACAAAUGCGGUAUGUGUGGUGGAGACAACCAAAACUGCAAGAAAGUCUCUGGAAUGUUCACAAAACCCAUGCAUGGAUAUAAUUUUGUGGUAACUCUACCGGUCGGAGCGGCAAACGUGGAUAUAAGGCAGCGCGGUUACCGCAGUUUGAUUAACGAUGACAACUAUUUAGCAGUAAAGAACGUCCACGGCAAAUAUCUCCUGAAUGGAAACUUUGUGGUUUCAGCAGUAGAAAAAGACAUUAUCGUAAAGGGAAGUCUACUUCGCUACAGUGGAACCGGGACAUCGGUGGAAAUACUGAAGGCCUCUAGACCUCUCAAAGAGUCUCUUACGGUGGAACUAUUGUCGGUAGGUAAAAUGACACCUCCUCGUGUGCGCUACUCCUACUACCAGAAUGUGGGAAAGAAGGAGGGCAAGAUCUUAAAGAAGGACGAGAGGAACCCUACACAGAACAGUGUGCUGGAAGACAGCAAUAAAGUGGAGCUGAAGAAGCCAGCCUAUCAGAUGCCGUCUUAUAAGUGGGUGGCAGCGGACUGGAAUAAGUGCUCGGUUACCUGUGGGAAUGGGGUUCAAAGUAGACUGAUACAGUGUUUGGACUCGGAUGGGGAGUCAGCCACACACUGUGACGGCACACAAAAGCCCAGUGCCAUAAGGGCGUGUGGUGACCCUUGCCCAAUGUGGAGUAUAGGCGAAUGGUCCUCAUGCUCUAAAACCUGCGGGAAAGGCUUUAAGAGACGCCCACUGCGAUGCAUCACUCAGACUGGACUGCUUUUACCUAGAGACCACUGCCCAAGCAAAAGAAAGCCACAAGAACUGGACUUUUGCACUGUUUGGCCCUGCUAGUGAACGAUUCGGUGUGUUCUGGGACCCAUUUUAUGGCGUCAAAGUGAUCUUUUUACGUGUGCAUCCUGUGUUGCCUCAUUUGUAAUGGGAAUAUUGUCAUGAAACAAAGACAAAGGAUGUCUUUUACCAUUACAAUGUUACAUGUUAAGGUACAGAUAUCGCCUACCUCGAAAAGGACAGGGUGUUUUAAAGCAACUAAAUAACGUAAAAUUGUAUAAUGCUAUGCUGUGGCAUUAGAACUGUCACAAAAUAAAACUAGCAUCUCCUCUACAUAUGGUUUGUAGACAAUAUCAGAAAGUGUUUGAGUUUGUAUUCAGACUUUAAAUACAUGUGAAUAAUUUGAUCUAAAUGUGAAGCAUAUUGUAUGCAAAAAUAGGGCGACUUGGUCCAUGCACUAACCAUUUGUAUUCAUAUAUUAGGCUGAGAUAGCCAGUAGAUUAAAACGUUCCUAAUCAUUAAAGUUUCAAGACAAAACAAUGCCAAAAUUAGGCUUUUAGUUUGGGUUUAGUGAAAGAAAUCAGUACUUUACAUUUUGGGCAGAAGAGGAGAGAUUAUGAACACAUAUUUACAUUAAUAAAAUAAUGUUAACGUUUAAUAUAAUGGUACUGUACCCAAAGGGAUAAAACAGUUAAAUACUAUAAAUAAAUCAGUUAAAAUACUAUAUGGCAAUAAACUUCAUCAAUUCAGCUAUCUAUAUAAGUAAACCAGUUAGAAAGUCUUUGGGUAUCUUGAUGUUCUUGUAAAACUGAUCUCUGCUAAAAGACACUGAUGUUGAUACAGCCUUGAUACUGCAAAUGUUGUGCAAAAGCAAGAUCUUAUACAAUACGAUUUCAAUAUCUAAAAUCUCGACAGUAUGCAGAGGAAAAAAGAAGAAAUAUUAAACACAUGCGGCUGCUACUGCCAUUAUGAUUUUAGCUGUAAAAUAUUGUACGUGUUUUAUUGUACGUGUAUUAGAUGUAUUCUCUGCUGGACUUACGAAGAUACAUUAUAACUUGUGUAAACAACCUCUGUAAACCAAAUGUUGUUGGUAAGAGCAUCUCAUUCAUUCCAAAGGUGCUUCUUUGUUUCAUUUUGUUUGCUUAUCUUUUGAUGUUAAUACAGCAAAAGGCACUUACGUUUUUCUAUUAGAAUCCAUUGUAUACUAUGUAUACAUCCAUCAACUGUGCACAAAUAAAUACAGAAACAUGAACUGCUCUGAGGGAUCUCCUCACUCAGCUG